CUUAUUUCUUGACAACGACCUACACAGCUCACAUGAAGUGAAGAUGGGAUGCACAGGCGAGGCUGACGUUGGAGUGCACGUGGAGGGAAGGCACGUGCCUGCCGCCUUCCUUCCCUUCGUUCCUUCCCCAGACGGGUUCCCAUGGCAACAUGGCGUCAACACCACCGCUCCAACCCAUCGUUCACGCUAGCACACACGUCUCCGACACCAAUGACCCGCGACUGUCAUCCAAUUGCCCCCUCCUCACUGCCCACAGCUUUGUGAACAGCAGAUUGACCGAACAUGGCAGACGGGAGCGUCUCGACCGCUCCUCCAGCCCGCCCGCAACACCACCGCAGCGCAUCCUCCAAAUCCAACGUCUUGAGAGCGUUGGUCUCCUCCAAGCCUCGUCCCGAGAACGCGGCCUCGGGCGUAUCACCUUCGAAACAAAAUGUCCGCACCGGAUACAGCGUCCCUCUUCUCCCGCCGGAUCACCCUCAUGCAGCCAAGGGCAAGGUGCUUGGUGAGCGACAAAGCAACAUGCAAUCUCCCCCUUCAUCUCCUUCGAAGAGCAAGCCAAAGAGGAUUGGUACUGCGAAGACGACUCAUGACUUGCCCACUUUAUCCCGCCCUCAGUCAAUGGAGAAGGGACAGCUGAAUCCAAAGAAGGCCAAAUCCUCCACCAAUCUAGCCGGCAUGUUCGCAAGGAAAGAUCGCUCGGUCAAGGAGGCUUCUCAAGCAGGGCCGAAGGAUAAAGAGAAUACAACACCCCCUGCCUCAACAAGUGGGCCAGCGCAAACUCCUAUCUGGGCUCAAUUUGCUACGACUGCGAAACCGAUUCCCCCACCAAGUAUUAGGGACGAUGCUUCGCCGGUCAGUCUGAGGGGGGAGAUUGCAAGGUAUACGCCGCAGGAGUACUCUCCGUCCAAACAGCGCAAUUUCAACGGAGGAUUGGAUCAGCCACAGCUACGGCCGACUCUUGCAAGUCGACCAACUGGCAUUGUGGAUGGGAAUGAACGAAGGAGGAGCAAAGAUGGAGGCAGACGUCUAUCGGGUGAACAAAUGUUCGAAGCCAGGCGGAGGAGUACCGAUCGCAAGAGCAGCCAAAGCAGUGCCGAGCACGCACCGUUCGAAGCCAAGCUGACCAUCGCCAAACGUGGUGGCAGAGUGCUGGCAGCCGUCGCUGCUCUGCAGGGCAAGGGGACUCAGCAAGCAAUAACGCCCAAGGCGGAGUCGCCGCUUGAUCCCAAGAGCGUUGAUGAGGCGUUCGAGGCCGUUCUGGACGCACGAAAUAUUCCCGAGCCAAUGAGAGACAAGAUGAGGUCGUUGACCCUGCGAGUCAAGGCGGAUUUCAUCAAGCAAGAUCAGGAAGCCUCCAAGAUGUCCACCAAGAGCCGUUCGGAGUACCACAGUGCUCAGUCAACCGGGCCUCGUAGUCCCGUCAAAUCACGCCCAAGCUCACCAGACAGGUCACGGGCGACAGAGGAAGAAGACGGCAAGUCUACGAAGCGAUCACGAGCCCGCAGCCGCACCUUCACCUUCUCCAAAUCGGACAAAGGCGGCGACGGCUCACCGAGCAAGAAGGUGAGAUCCACCAGCAAGUCGAGGGCAAAGCAUGACGGGCAAAGCACACCCUCCACUCCCACCAUGCCUCGCAGCUCGACGGACAGACGAGGGCAUGCUGGCCCGGCCGUUCCUUCAGACUUCAUUUCGUAUCUUCGCGCCAAUCGGGACCCCGUCACCGUGGAAGUCGGACGGCUACACAAACUUCGCAUCCUACUUCGCAACGAAACGGUCGCGUGGGUGGACACAUUUGUGUCGUUGGGCGGGAUGACGGAGAUUGUUGGUUUGCUGCAUCGGACGAUGGAGUUGGAGUGGCGAGAGGAACAUGAGGAUCAGCUUCUACACGAGACGCUGUUGUGCCUGAAGGGGCUUUGCACUACCGAGCGAGCGAUGGCCGAGUUGGAGAAGGUUGCCGACACAUUGUUCCCGGCUCUGAUUGGUAUGCUCUUCGAUGAAGAGAAGAAGGGUCCGGCGGAGUAUUCGACUCGGACUAUCAUCAUUGCCGUUCUCUUCAAUUUCCUAGCAGCAGCGACACCAGAACGACUCGAGCAGCGCGCUCGCCAGAUCCUCGCAUACAUGGGCGAACCCACGAAGCCCGUGGAGGCCAGACCAGUAGACUUCGUGCUCGACAUGCACACGGCGAGACCAUACAAGCUCUGGUGCCGCGAAAUGACACACGUCACAAAAGAAGUCUUCUGGAUCUUCCUGCACCAUCUCAACGUCGUCCCUCUCCCCAAAGCGAAAGUGCUCGCAGCAACCUACUCCCGCCGCCACUUCCCUGGCACGCGACCCCCCGUGCCCGCAGCACCCUACAUCGGCGGCGUAGAGUGGGAUGCAACAACCUACUUGACCGCACACCUCGACCUGCUCAACGGGCUAAUCGCGUCCAUCACCACGGCCACAGAACGCAACACGUUGCGCACGGAUCUGCAGGCUUCAGGCUGCGAAAAGGUGCUAGGGACGACGCUGCGGACGUGCAAGGAGAAGUUCUACGCGGGCGUGCAUGAUGGGUUAAGGGCGUGGGUUGCGGCUGCGGUGGAGGAUGGGUGGGAGACGCGGUUUGUGCGUGAGGGGCCGACGAUGGAGGAGCAGGCUAGGGGGUGGAGUCCUACUAAGGGGAGUCCGGUGAAAAAGGGGAAGAAGAAGGAUGUGGCGCCUAAGUUGGAGUUGGAGUUGAAUUUGGAUCUUGGGGGAAAGAAGGGAGAGGGCGGUGGUGGUGGUGAUGACGGAUGGCUUGAUUGA